GGGCGAGAAGCUCGGUCAUUCACACCCGACUGAGCCAAUCAACAAGCCGUGCAGCGGACAACCCCGCCUCUUCUCUGUCCAAAUCAGCCAAUCGGGAAGAAAGCCCGUGCGCGCACCGAAGCCAGAGAGCGGGUCUCGCGCGCCCGACUGCUUCUUCGCUUGUCGCAGUGCAGCGGCUUCCUUGGCGCUCUACACAUACACGCGCACGCGCAGAACCACACCCACUCCACCCCGCCCCUGCGCGUCUGGUCACCUAGCAACAAGCGGCAUCGUGCUACCAGCAGCCUCCGCUGCCGAAGAUUUGAGGGGAGCACAACAGAGUGUUACAAACCAGCUUUUACACAGACAAGCCUACCUGAGUGCUGAAGACUGAAGAAAUAAUGCCCGGUGCCAAGCGCCAAGCACUGAAAAUGAAUGGGUGUGCUUUUAAAGCUCCUGAACCAUUGAAACAUUGUGGCUCGACUUCAUUGCUUACAAAAGUGGUUGCCAAGUCAAGGAUUCCAUCUUGCAUUGUUGGUGUGGCACUUAGAAAUCAAGAAGCAAAAUCACACACAAAUGUGAGGAGUGACCCCAUGACAGAAGAAAAAGCACAUGUCAACAAAUCAAUUCAGGCAUCUUUAGACGAAGAUGAGAAUAUUCUGGAAAAGUUUAAAAACUUACAAGAGGAAAAUCUGCAACUCAGAGGCAACCUAAAAGAGAAGGAUUCAACUAUAUCAAGAUUAAUGAAAAUAACUAAAGAUCAGGCUGCUGAAUAUAACACAGCCAUUGAAUUAGUGAAAGAACAUCAGAAAGAAACAGAAAGGCAAUUGGAAAAAUCAGAGCAUCUAGUGAAGGAGAAAAUCCAAUUGCUUGAGGAAACCAAACAACACUAUACAAAAAUACUUCAAAAACAGCACACACAGCAUGCAGAGCUGGUGCUUGAAAUGAAAAAGCAGAAUGCUGUAGAUAUAAGGAACAGAGAAGAAAAGAUUGCCAAGUUAAGACAAUACAUAUCUGACACCUUCCAAGAAAAAUCCUGGGAACGCCAACAACAGAUGGAUGAAUUAAGGAGAGAGUUAAAUAAAUUUACUGAGGAAACACACAUUUUAAAAAUAAAGCUCGAAAAAGAACUCAGGUCAAAAAGGUGA